CGCCGCGGCCUGUUGCCAGGCAGAUUAUGGUAAUGAGGUCCGGGCGGCCGCCCCCCCCUCCCGCUCUGCAGCUACCAUUGUGAGGGAGACGUGCUUUUCUGUGUAUUUUGGUGAUGAAAGAAGUGAUGAGAACUCAUGGAGAUCCAGUCUAUGAUAGGAAUGCAUACCAGAGAGGCAGAUCCUAGGGUGUAUUUUGAAGUACAGAAGUUGAAAGCAUCAGCAAAUUCUGCAGCUCCUAAUACUGUCUGAUUGUUAUUGCUACACAAUUGGCUGGGCUGAGCAGUAUAUUUUCCUCACUUCUGUGAGGAACAGCAAUAACAGUAUCAUUUAUAGAAACUGCACCACCGAGCCACUGAAUUUGGCUCAGCUUGGCAUUUUUCCUUGAGUUUGAGAUAUGACUUAAUGCCCAGUUUUGUCUGUUAAAGACCUCUCUGAACCCUCCGGUCUCCUUUCCACUCAAGUUGUAAGUUAUUUGUGCCAAAAUGAGUCUGCAGAAAUGAGUCAGCAUCUUCCUUCAGACCUUCAGUAUCUGCUUGUUGGGAAGCCAUGUUACUGAAGAUCACCUUGUCUGCUGGAACUGCUGGAGGUAGCAGCACAGUGAACAGAUGAAUCUAUUCAGCCAGACAUUCCUCCAGUAGAUCUCUCUCCUUAUGGAGCACCACGGCAGGGAGGAGAUGGACUCAAAAGAGGAAAGUCCUCAGGUGUGGGCUGACUCUGCUGAGCAGGAACAGAAUACUGCUCAGGUGCACUUUGUCCCCGAGGGGGGGACAGUGGCACAGAUUGUGUACAGUGAUGAGCAGGACCGUCCCUCGCAGCAGGUGGUCUACACGGCGGAUGGCACCUCCUACACCUCCGUGGACACCUCGGAGCACACGCUCGUUUACAUCCAUCCCGUGGAAGCUACGCAGACUCUGUUUACAGAUCCGUCCCAAGUGGCUUACGUCCAACAGGAUGCCACCACCCAGCAGGUAACUGUGCUCUUGCCUGCUGCUGCUCAGAGCAUGAAUCCCACCAACCUGUCCGUGCUCGGCAACGUUGCCGAAUCCCCCCAGCAAAUGGGUCUGGAGCAGGGUCCACAAGCAGAUAGAGCGUCUUUACCGGUGCAUAACCAAGUGUUACCUCCUAUGGAGGCAGUGGAUGGUUCUGACCCUUUAGCACCUCUGCAGAAUCAAAUAGAAAGGAUGGAAACAAAAGAGGAAGAUGAUGAGGAUGAAGAUGAGGAUGAAGAUGGGGAAGACACUGACAUGGAUGAAUGGGAUCCAGAUCCACCUCGACCCUUUGAUCCCAAUGAUUUGUGGUGUGAAGAGUGUAAUAACGCGCAUCCCUCUGUGUGUCCAAAACACGGACCUUUGCAUCCAAUCCCAAACCGGCCUGUGCUGACCAGGGCGAGAGCCAGCCUCCCCUUGGUGCUCUACAUAGACAGGUUUUUGGGAGGUGUGUUCUCCAAAAGGCGUAUCCCAAAACGCACACAGUUUGGACCUGUGGAAGGACCCCUGGUUAGACAAACGGAACUCAAAGACUGCUAUAUCCAUUUGAAGGUUUCUCUUGAUAAGGGUGACAGAAAAGACAGAGAUUUGCAAGAGGACCUGUGGUUUGAACUUUCUAGCGAGGCUCUUUGUAACUGGAUGAUGUUUGUGCGUCCAGCUCAAAACCAUCUGGAGCAGAACCUGGUAGCGUAUCAGUACGGCCACCAUAUUUAUUACACAACCAUUAAGAACGUGGAGCCCAAGCAGGAACUCAAGGUGUGGUACGCUGCCUCUUAUGCAGAGUUUGUGAACCAGAAGAUCCAUGACAUAUCUGAGGAGGAAAGGAAGGUUCUCAGAGAGCAAGAGAAGAACUGGCCGUGUUACGAGUGCAAUCGUCGUUUCAUGAGCUCAGAGCAACUCCAGCAGCACCUCAACUCCCAUGACGAGAAGCUGGACUUCUUCAGCAGAGCCAGAGGCCGAGGUCGUGGGCGAGGAAAGAGGAGGUUUGGACCAGGCAGACGCCCGGGGCGCCCUCCCAAAUUCAUGCGUAUGGAAGUAACCAGUGAAAAUGGGGAAAAGUGUGAAGAAGGGACGCAGGACUUGCUGCAUUUUUCCAGCAAGGGGCAGUUUGAUGAGGCCGGACAAACCACACUGAAUGGGUUGGAGCAGCAGGAACAGACUCCAGUGCCAUCAGAGGCGCAGCCGGCACUGGAGCAGCAGUCAGAAAACCACGCGCUACAAAUCCAGCCGCAGCACGACGAGAGCACGGUGCCUACGCAGAGCACCAUGACAGCAGAUGACAUGAGGCGAGCCAAGCGUAUCAGGCUGGAGCUGCAGAAUGCAGCUCUUCAGCACCUGUUCAUACGUAAAUCCUUUCGCCCGUUCAAAUGCCUCCAAUGUGGGAAGGCCUUCCGCGAGAAGGACAAACUGGAUCAGCACUUGAGGUUUCACGGACGGGAAGGGAACUGCCCUUUGACUUGUGACAUCUGCAACAAGGGCUUCAUCAACAGCGGUGCUCUCGAGAGCCACAUGAAGUUCCACAUGGACCAGAAAACAUACUCCUGCAUUUUCUGUCCCGAGUCCUUUGACCGCUUGGAUCUGCUGAAAGAUCAUGUGGCCAUUCAUGUCAAUGAUGGAUACUUCACCUGCCCUACCUGCAAAAAACGCUUUCCAGAUUUUAUCCAGGUCAAGAAACACGUACGCAGUUUCCAUUCAGAAAAGAUUUACCAGUGUACAGAAUGUGACAAGGCUUUCUGCCGUCCUGACAAGCUGCGACUCCAUAUGUUGCGACACUCAGACCGCAAAGACUUCCUGUGCUCCACGUGUGGCAAGCAGUUCAAGAGGAAAGACAAACUGCGAGAGCACAUGCAGAGGAUGCACAACCCAGAGCGGGAGGCCAAGAAAGCUGAUCGUAUCAGCCGCUCAAAAACGUUCAAGCCACGGAUAGCCUCCACUGACUACGAAAGCUUCAUGUUCAAGUGCCGACUCUGUAUGAUGGGUUUCCGCCGCAGGGGCAUGUUGGUGAAUCAUUUAUCAAAGAGACAUCCAGACAUGAAAAUAGAAGAGGUGCCAGAGCUCACGUUGCCCAUCAUCAAACCCAACAGAGAUUACUUCUGUCAGUACUGUGAUAAGGUGUACAAGAGUGCCAGUAAACGCAAAGCACACAUCCUGAAGAAUCAUCCUGGUGCUGAGCUACCUCCAAGCAUCCGGAAGCUGCGCCCUGCGGGCCCCGGAGAGCCGGAUCCCAUGCUGAGCACCCACACCCAGCUGACAGGCACGAUAGCCACCCCUCCAGUCUGCUGUCCUCACUGUUCCAAGCAAUACAGCAGUAAGACGAAGAUGGUACAACACAUUCGCAAGAAGCACCCGGAGUUUGCUCAGCUCCCUAACACGAUACAUGCUCCACUGGCGACGGCCGUCAUCAGCUCCACUCCUGCCGUUCUAACCACCGACAGCACUACCGGAGAGACUGUUGUGACAACAGAUUUACUGACACAGGCAAUGACGGAGAUAUCCCAGACCCUCACAACAGACUAUCGAACUCCCCAGGGAGAUUACCAGCGAAUCCAGUACAUCCCUGUGUCUCAAUCCACAACUGGCUUGCAGCAGCCUCAGCACAUACAGCUGCAGGUUGUUCAAGUGGCCCAGGCUACCUCACCUCACCAGUCCCAGCACUCCACAGUAGACGUUGGGCAGCUUCAUGACCCCCAGACGUACACCCAGCAUGCCAUCCAGGUGCAGCACAUCCAGGUCACAGAGCCAUCGCCGGCCACUCAGUCGUCAUCACAGGUUGGGGGUCAGCCUUUGAGUCCAUCCUCACAACAGUCUCAGCAGGAACUCGGCCCCUCCCAGAUGCAGACAACUACAUCGACACCAAACCAGGCCCUUCAGCAGCAGCAAGGAUCUUCAGUCCAGCACACGUAUCUUCCCAGCACGUGGAACUCGUUUCGCAGCUAUUCAUCUGAGAUUCAGAUGAUGACCAUUCCCCAAGGCCAGUACGUGAUCACAGAAACCGCUGUGGGUACACCAGUCACCACUGUCAACACAGGGCAAGUGAAAGCAGUUACUCAGACUCACUAUGUGAUAUCUGAAGGUCAGCCUGAUCUGGAUGUCAAACAAAACUCUUCGCUCUCCAGUGAGGUCCAGGUUGGCGUUUCCCAGCCACCAGCCCACACGGACACCCUGGAAUCGCAAACGAGCAGUCAGCAGCAAACCACCCAGUACAUAAUCACUACGACCACCAACGGGAACGGCAGCAGUGAAGUGCACAUCACCAAACCAAGAACUUUCUCAGCAGAACACGAAUGAAGAAGCCUCGUGGUGUCACCUUGUACUUGUCACCUCCCCUGAAAGCCCAGAUAUAUGGGUAUACUGGGGCUCAAUAUGUUUUAAAGUAUAUGCUCACUUAACUUCAACUAAAAUCUUGGAGCUCUUGUUAAUGCUUUAAGAGGGUUUAAGUCCCCAGUGACCAUGAAGCACCACCCUCAAAAUCCUUAUGGGAUGCUAUUUUAUGCAGCUUUUAACAAAAAGGACAAGAGAAGUGAAACCUCUGCUUGCUCUGGACUUCAUUUUUGGCAUGUCUGCUGACCCUUAUUUUUCCUUUUUGGAAGCAUCUCCAGUAAACAACUUCGUAUUUCAAUUGUAUGGGAGAAAGCUUGCCUAACUGAAGGCUAACUGGCAGAUUAUGUUGUAUGUAUAUUUUUUAAUAGGAGCCAUUAAACAGGAGGACAUCAAGUAAAUUGCCAGAAGAUAGCAGAACUGCUUCCUCUGUCUUUGUUUCAGCAGGCAAGGUGAAAGGGAACGUACCAGCUCAAUGCAAGCAGACUGCCUGGAGAAGAAGAGCAGCAGCUGCAAAGCGGUGGCUCCUUGCGUACGUGUGCGGGGAUGGAUAUAACAAUGAAGCUGUGAAGAUGUGCCCAAGCAGUCCAUUAAAUUAUUAUUUUUUCCAACCCUCGAGAACUGUUUACAUGCUGUCUGCCCUGCCCUGUUUUACCAAGCAGUUCUAGAAAGAAGGAAAAGUGCUGUCUUAAACCCAUGUCACGUGGAACAAACUGACUGAAAUCAGAGUAGCCCAUAAGGGUAGUACAGAGCCACUAUCAUCUCUUUUUCUCUCUGGUAUUUGCAGGGAAAAUCGCUUUUUUGCCUGUAAACAAAAAAGGCUUAGCUUAGCCUGCACAGCAGUUUCUGCUGUGACCUAAAGAUUGAAAAAAAUUGAGGGUACAGGAGCGUACCUCUGGAGAGGCAGGGUAGCUGUCUCUGUUGUCACCUUGAAGAGGACAUAUUUUUCCCCUCAAAGACUGGAUGGAGAGUGAUUUUUCCAAAUACUUUAUCAACGCACUAUAAUUCCUUUGGACAGUUCCACAAAAUGACCAGCCCUGGACUCAGGAAACAUACAGGAGACGUGCUACUGGACCACUGUUGAUGGGACACAGAAAGCCAUCUGUGAGGGUUGCCUGCUUUGGUAGGCCUGGUCUAUGUACAGAAUUCACGUUACAUUUAGGGACCAGGAGAAAGGGAAAGACAAGUUUUAUCUUUUUAAGGCAGUGUAUUUUUUUUUUUUUCUCCCCUCACAUAAUAUUCCUGCACAGGUCUUGUUGGUUGGUUAUUUAGUGCAUUCUGGUAUUUGCAAGAAUACAACUACAACUCCAUUGCCUCCUGAUGGGAUAUACUGUGUAUGUCUAAACCUCCCCUCACUGCCUGAAAACUCAUCCCAGAAUGUCUGUGCAUAAUAGGAUGCAUUUAUUUAUAAAACAAAAGCAAAGAA